UAUCGCGCAGCGCGUUUCCGACGGCGAUGGAGCCGUGGUGCUUUUCCUUCGCUGUUCGAUGUUGGAAAUGAGAGGCGACGCGCGAUCAGUGUGUCGCGGGUCGCAUCGCGUAUCCCCCGCUAGUCACUGAGAAGAGCUGCGCGGCGGAGACGCUGCCGGAGAAGUUUUGUUACGGCCAAGAAAGCGGGCGGACCGGGGCUCCGCGCCUCCAGGCAGCGCUCAUGGAGGAGCUGAGUUCGGCCAUGGAGAAGAACGCGGCGGAGCUAACCGUCAUGGACGUGUACGACAUCGCCGCCGUCGUGGGCCAGGAGUUCGAGCGGAUCAUGGACCAGUACGGCUGCGAGGUGCUCUCCCGCCUCAUGCCCAAGGUGGUGCGCGUCCUUGAGAUCCUGGAGGUGCUCGUGAGCCGCAACAGUAUGAGCCCGGAGACGGAGGAGCUGCGGCUGGAGCUGGACCGACUGCGGCUGGAGCGCAUGGACCGGCUGGAGAAGGAGAAGAAGCACCAGAAGGAGCUGGAGCUCGUUGAGGACGUGUGGAGGGUUGAGGCCCAGGACCUGCUGUCUCAGAUUGCUCAGCUGCAGGCUGAGAACAAGAGCCUGCUCACAAACCUGUCGCACAGAGACUGUCCACUGACCGAGGAGGAGCUGCAGAGACAGGAAGGCAUGACGGAGAGGGAGCGGCAAGUGAUGAAGAAGUUGAAGGAAGUGGUGGACAAACAGAGAGACGAGAUCCGGGCCAAGGACCGCGAACUGACGCUGAGGAAUGAGGAUGUGGAGGCGCUGCAACAGCAGCAGAACCGCUUGAUGAAGAUCAACCAUGACCUGCGGCACAAGAUCACGGUGGUGGAGGCACAGGGCAAGGCUCUUAUUGAGCAGAAGGUGGAGCUGGAGGCUUUUGGCCAGGCUCAGCAGCAGGAGCUGGCGAGCCUGCGGCAAGAGGUGGCCAGGUUGCGGGAGCGCCUCCAGGGGGAGGUCAAACAGAAUGGCGAGGAGCCUCCACCACCAUCCACGAUCUUGAAAGUUGCAGUUGUUGAACGUUCAGUUCAGGCUGAACGGGGCGCCGGGUCACACUUCCUUGGUGAAGGCUUUGAGACACCACAGCACCUCUCCCUUUCUUCCUGCUCGAGGCACAUGGGGCCAGAGCAAUGGAGGGAAGAUGAUGGGGAUGGGAAUCAGGAUGAGGAGGACACAGUUUUGCUAUGGGAGGCACUGAGCGAUGAGGAUUUCACGGGGGACAAGUGCAACUUGGACCUGAAGGAUCCAAACCGUCCUCGCUUCACCCUUCAGGAGCUGAGGGAUGUCCUGCACGAGAGGAAUGAGCUCAAAGCCAAAGUGUUCAUGUUACAGGAGGAGCUGGCCUAUUACAAAAGUGAGGAGGUGGAGGAAGAGAUGGCACCUGCGGUUUCUACACCCUCUCCAGUACUGCAGUCGCGUCCCAGUGUCCAGCCGGAAUCUGGGAUCAAGCGUCUGUUUAGCCUUUUCUCCCGGGAUAAGCGGCGAAGCGUGCAGAGGAACGUGCGAUUUGAGGAGGGCCCCAGCAUGUGGGAGGGGAGAGACGACGUGUACACAGAACAGGCCCAGGAGGCCCUGCAGCACCUGUAGCCACAAAUGCUGACAAAUGCCGCUUCCCACUCCCCCCCGCUUUGCAUCUUGGACCUGCAAGACUAACAACACUGACUGACAUGUGACUUCCCCACCUACAGACAGUAAUGCUUACUAUAAGGGGACAUUGUGUACUAACAACCUGAGUAAUGACACUAGCGUUCAAGACAUCAGCUCCCAUCAGUACAUUGAGUGUGUUGGGUUGGGGGAGCUGCGUGUGGGCAUUAUGCCUCUUUGUCACAAGCAACAUUUCUUGUAGUACGAAUAUAGAAUAGAAAAUUAAUUGGGACUUGUUGGUCACGCUAGUAUUGGGACAUAGAGGAAAGGUGAAUGUCUGCUUGACUGCAGAAUUUCAGAGCACAGGACAAACGGAGACAGAGCAUAGAAAGUGUGAAGUUUAAGGGAAGCCUCGGGGGGAAUCCAGCAGAUAUUGGUUGCAGAAGGGAUGGGAACACAGGAAUUGUGGCAGUUAGUUGUGGAAGGAGUAGAUGUAGAGGUAGGAGAGGGGGAGUGAAUGAGCAGUGUGGGGUCCUGUGCCCUGGGGUAAACAGUGUAUUUGUGUGUGUGCGCAUUGGGUUUCAGGGAGAAUGGAGUGGAGCACGACAGCAGCCUUAUAGAUGGAUGCUACAAAGAUACUGACACAGUCCAACUCAUUGCUUGCUGUUCUUAUCAAUGAUUUUUCUACCAAGCAUGCAGCUGAAAAAACGAAUAGCAGCCACGUUCUAAGUAAUUCCACAGAGGAUUAAUGGAAACAAGGAACUGAAGUUUUUCCUUGCGAUUCAUUUGAUAUCGUCUUUACCUACAAUGAAUUAGUGUUGUGCAAUGAGACCUCGCCUUCCAAGUGUAAACUUGACAUGGCUCUCAUCCAGCUUUUAUAGUUUAAAUCAGUGUUUUUUUUUUUAGCUCUAUAUCAACAUGACUUGAAUACCAAUGAAACACAUUGUAUAUACAUUAGUGUGACUAGACUUGUCAGGUUAUGGAUAUAAGUCUGGAAAAUCUCACAAUCUUGACUUACAAAAAUGAGGUAAAUCAGCACUGUGAAAA